AUGGCUUUCUUCCUUCGGCGCCCGUUCGCCGUAUCAUCGGCCCUCACUCAAGCUCCAAAGCUUUCGAAUACUGCCCGCUUCAUCCACAACUCUCCAUUCAAGCCUUCUCAGGCUGCUAAGCCGUUCGGUGCCCAGCCCUCGUUCUUCACCAAGUCUCACCAGACCUUCCACAAUGCCUUCCGCCGCAGCUAUAUGCAGCAGACCUACAACACACAGGGUGGCAACUUCACCCAGAAGCUGCUAUACGGCGGUGCCAUCGUCGGUGGUACCAUUUUGGCCACCAACUUCAUCUUCAACCGUGAGACCCGUGAGGAUGGCGGCAUGCCCGCUUACGAGCGGAGCUUCCUGAACGAGACUUUCAUGCACACUGGACUUGGUAUUGGUAUUAUCGCUAUUGCUGCCCGCGCUCUGCACACCAGCGGCUGGUCUUACCGUCUUAUGGCCAUGAACCCGUGGUUGGUUAUGGGUGUUGGUCUCGUUGGCAGCAUUGGCUCGAUGUACGCCACCUUUGCUACUUCCCCGGAUAACUACGUCUUGAAGUAUGGCUGCUGGACUUUGUUCAACCUGACCCAGGCUGCGCUCCUCUCCCCCUUGAUGUUCAUGCACCCUGCUAUUCUCGCUCGCGCUGGUCUCUACACUGUCGGUAUGAUGGGCUCCAUUGCCUUCGUUGGUGCUACCGCCAAGCAAGAGAAGUACCUUUACCUCGGUGGUCCCCUCCUUGCUGGUGUUGCCAUUGUCGCUCUCUCUGGUCUUGCCCCUAUGGUUCUUCCCGCCACUGCUGCCCGCACCCUGAUGUGGUCUGAGCGCAUCUGGCUGUAUGGUGGCCUGGCUGUCUUUGGUGGCUUCACCCUAUACGAUGUGCAGAAGAUCCUGCACCACGCCCGCCUUGCUGAGCGUGGUUACAUGAAGCGUGACGUUGUCAACGAGAGUGUCAGUCUCGAACUUGACUUCAUCAACAUCUUCAUCCGCAUGGUCCAGAUCCUCGGCAUGCGGAGCAACAACCGGAAGUAA